CAGCUGUUGUGGGCAAAGCCGCUUAUUACCCAAGUGUCAUCGCUAGCAUAAUUUCAAAGGUGUUUGUGUUUUCCAAUUAUAAACCGUUUUAUUGUUAAUUCUAUAGUAAAUAUGGUGAAAGUAGCUAAGGCGCGCAGCAAGGAGCAUGCCGCGCGCAGUGACAAUGAAACGCAACCAAACAGCAACGAUGACGACACCAAAAACAAGUCAGCAAAAUCAAAGACAAUUAAGACUCAUGGCGAUGCCGCAAGCCGCAAGAAGAGUAAAACGCGUAAGCAAAAAACAACACGCGAUAGCUCCAGCUCGAGCUCCUCCUCCGACAGCAGCGAUAGCAGCAGCAGUAAUAGUGACAGCAGCAGCAGCAGUAGUAGUAGCAGCGACUCUUCCAAAUCCUCUCCUGACAACAAACGCGCCAAAAAACCGAAGCUGAGCAAAGACGCAUCUCCCAAGAAAGAGAAACUACAGCAACAACAACAUCGAGAGCCCGCUACGCAGGAGAGUAAAGUCCAAGAACAGCGCUCCAGAUGGGAUAGUCCAGAGCGUCAUAGCUCGAGCAAAAACACAAAUAAGACCCGCAAGCGUAGUCGUAGUCGAGAACACGAGCGGGAACGAGUGCGUGAAAGGGACAGAGACAGGGAAAGGGAACGAGAGAGGGAGAGAGAUAGGGAUCGAGAUCGUGAGCGUGACAAUCAAAUGCGACGCGGCCGUGAGAGGGAACGGGAUAGAGAACGGGGGCGAGAACGAGAGCGCAGCAAGGAUCGCCGUCAGCAGGCGCAGCAACAUCAGCAGCGAAUGCGCAGCAAUGAGCGAAGGGUAGAACGACCACGUCGCUCACCCGUCGAUGGACGGCGUCGCAGUAGAAGUCACAGUCGCAGUCGCAGUCCUCGGGAUCGUGGCUAUAGGGGCGGAGGCAGUGCAGGUGGACCACGUCGCCAACAGCGACCACGCAAUGAUAAUCGUAAUCGUGACGAGGAACAUUUCGAAUGGGGCAAGCCUACCGACAAGGACAAGCCGCCGCCAGCCAACGAAGACGAGACCGUCGAGAAGGAGAAACCCAAUUUUGGGCUAAGUGGCGCUUUGACUGAAGAUACGAACAAAGUGAAUGGCGUCGUGGUUAAAUAUUCAGAGCCGCCCGAAGCACGCAAACCCAAGCGUCUGUGGCGUUUAUAUCCUUUCAAGGGAGAAACGGCGCUGCCCACACUGCACAUACAUAGGCAGAGCUGUUUUCUGGUGGGACGCGAUCGCAAGGUAGUUGAUCUUGCUGUCGAUCAUCCCAGCUGCAGCAAGCAGCAUGCAGCUCUACAAUACCGCUUGGUGCCCUUCGAACGCGACGACGGCAGCACGGGAAAACGGGUGCGUUUAUAUCUUAUUGACUUGGAGUCAGCAAAUGGCACAUUUCUUAACAAUAAGAAAAUCGACGGACGUAAAUACUAUGAGCUAAUGGAGAAGGAUGUCAUCAAGUUCGGCUUCAGUUCGCGGGAAUACGUGCUGUUGCAUGAAAACAGCAAGGAGGACCAGGAAGACGACGAUGUGCAUAUCAAAGACGAACCGCUUGAGCCAGCCGCCGAUCAGGCGACUACACAAAUCUAAAAGAGAAGACUU